UCAAGAGAUGUGACGUGCUCACACCCUGGGCCUACAAAGGGCUCCCGGGGGAGGCGCAUGACGACCUGCGACGACACUGCAACAUCCUGGAUAUGAUGUUCCAGAUGCCGCAAGUGGACCUGACUGGCCUCGUGCAGCCCAGUGACUGGACCCGGCCCGCCCCCCCAGGCUGCCUCCCCGACGAUCUUCCUGCCAAUGAUAGACACGACUUGAACCAUGAAGAAGACGGCCACGACGACCUCAUCCCGCCAGUCAAGGACCGCGCACCACCCCGGAUCGACGCACUCGCCGAGCACGGGCGCGACGCCCUCAGCGCUGCGAUCGCGCCCUGGUGA